AUGGCGUCCACGGCUAACGAUGCUGUCCCAAUCGAGAUUUCAUCCCUUGCUAGUGGCUACACGCCCGAGGUCUAUACCGAUGCUGGCACGAUCGAGGCAAUCCGGAAUACACUAGCCAUCUAUGCUUUCGCUGUUGAUGGCAAAGACUUCGAUGCCCUUAGCAAGGUCUUUACCACUGAUGCAAUAGCCAACUACUCGGCGCCCCUCAACGUGUUGACCCCUCUGAAAACGAUCCAAUCUGUGCUGAGCAAAAGCCUGGGAUGUGUAACCACGCAACACCUUUACGGUACACAACGGAUCGAUGUACUUUCUCCCAUCACAGCCAAGUCGGUGACAUACUUCCGUGCCGCCCACUUCGGGAAAGGAGACAAGGGGAAUGAGGUAGACUAUGCCUAUGGCCAAUAUCAGGAUAACUGGCAACGUCAAUCUACUGGUACCUGGCGUAUCAUUCACCGCAAUCUUGUUUAUAUGGUGGGUGCAUUCUCCCACGAGCUGGCUGCCACAAAAAGUACUAACUCAAGAUCUACCUAG